AUGGAGUUGUCGUUUCCUAAUAACGCCCACGCCAUAGCAAAGACCCUGCACGAGUUUGACAUGGAUAUACGAAGUUUGGAUGAGGACGACAGUCAUCGGCUGCUUCAACGCUUAGCUGAUUUCAGUGAGUGCGUGACUGUGACCAUGCUGGGCUGCGGUGUCCUCCAGGUGUCUGUGCUGCUGCUGCUGCCCUGCCUGGUGGCCCUGCAGAGCUGCCCUUCUGGGGGGAUACCGGGCAUGCCGGGGAUCCCUGGCUCUCCAGGGCUGGACGGCCGCCACGGACCCAAAGGGGAAAAGGGGGACCCUGGGAAGACUGGGCUGCACGGUCCAGCCGUGGGGCAGAAGGGGGAGAAGGGCGACCCAGGUGAGAGAGGGAAAAUGGGCAAGAUGGGCAGAAGCGGCGUGCCGGGCCCUGCUGGAACACCGGGCCUACCUGGACCCCUUGGGGAACCGGGAGAGGGAGGAGGAGCGGUCGGGGUGUCUGCCUUCACUGUACGCAGACGCAGCGAGUUGAGACCGGAGAGGGGUGAACCCAUCAGCUUCCCCACAGCGCUAACUAACACCAACGACCACUUCAACCUGCAGACCAGCAAAUUUGAGUGCCAGAUCUCUGGCACCUACUACUUUGCCUAUCACGCGUCGUCCGCUAGCAGGAACCUGUGCGUCAACCUCAUGCUUGACGGGGUGACACUCGCAGGCUUCUGCGAUCACUUGGUGAACAACAACCCUCAGCAAGUAAGCUCAGGGGGCCUGGCUGUCUACGUGAAAAAGGGUCAGCGGGUUUGGCUGGAAACGGAUGGGAGUAACGGCAUGUUUGUAAAAAGUGGACAAGGCGAUAGUGUGUUCUCUGGCUUUUUGUUCUCAUUCUGAGCUGGUUAGGCUGAACUAUGAAGUAAAGAACAAGCAAUUCAAUAAAAUAAAACAACUAUAAUUGCAUUUAUUUUGUAAUAGGUACCGUGCUUUUCAAGAUCUGCAAAUAAAACAUGUAUAAUGCUAC